AUGGAACCGGAGCCAUCCAUUGGCGCUCUCCUUGAGGCUAUCCAAGCCCUCACUACCCAAGUUGGGUCCCUCCAGGACCAAGUCAAAUCCCAAGGCAAGCAGAUCAUCCAACUUGUUGCCAUAUGCAAGGAAACCAACAACCUUGUUGGUGACAAAGACCAGGGCGGAGCCCAAACCAAGCCUGGCCCAUCAACUGGGCCUGUCACCCCUCCUACCCACUCAGGAGGGGAAACCCACACUCCAGGCACGGUUAGGCCUGGACUCAAGGCCCCUUUCUGCCCCUUGAGAGGAACAGGAUUCAACUCAGAAGAAGAGGAGGAACCCAGGCAAGUCCCCAAAAAGGAGCCUUGCAGAACGCCUAGGAGCCUAAGCUCCCUCACCCCCUUUGACGCAGGAUCCAGCACAAAGCGUCCCAAAAUGGAUCUCCCCAACCCUUACACAGGCAAGACCAGGGGUUGCAAAGCCACGCAAUGGCUGGAUUGCAUGCUACUCUGGGUUGCCCUACAUAGGGAUCAAUUUGACAAGGAAGAACAGAUGGUUGUAUGGGUCCUUUACCAUAUGGCAGAUAAAGCCGCAAACUGGGCACUCCCUAUCAUUGGGACUAUCAUCAAGGGGGAAGGCAACCCUCCUACCACCAUCCCGGCCUUAACAGCCAAAUUCAAGGAAGCGUUUGCCAACCCCAACGCCAAAAGGGCCGCUGCUAGAAAAAUAGCAGUACUCUCCCAAACCACCACCACCUCCAAGUACAUCACGGAGUUCUGCAAUCUUAUGGCGGAAUUAGACUGGAACAAGGAAGCCUACAUUGCACAAUUCACGCAAGGCCUCCACUGGAAAGUCAAAGAGCUGUUGUCAACAAAAGACAACAUCCCCAACAAUCUUGAAGCCAUUUUUGCAGCUUCAAUCAAAAUAGACAAUACUUGCUGCAAAAACAAGGAGAACCGCCCCAAAAAGGCACCCGCCAAGUCCCCGGCCUCUGUGGCCACUUCCACCACCACCACCAGGGUCUGUCUAUCAGAGGACCCCAAUUAUGUCACCCCGGAGGAAAGGGAUUGCUGCCGCGCAUCAGGGCUGUGCGUCAAAUGCGGCCAGAAGGGUCACGGCAUCAAACAAUGCCCCAAUGGCUGGAAAGCCACAAUCAAGGAAGCAGCCAAAGUUGGCCAAGAGGAGUUGGAAAAAGAAUAA